AUUGAUGCCCUUAGCAAAAAAGUCAGCCAACGACUUGGAGUUCUGCGUCGUGUUAAGUAUUUGCUGCCUCUACAUGGUCGUUUGGCGAUAUAUAACAGUCUCAUUUUACCGUUAUUUGAUUAUGCAGAUAUUGUGUGGGGGAACAAGAACAAUAAAGUCCUAAUGCAUAAUCUCCAGGUUUUGCAAAAUAACGCAGCAAGAACUAUACUGGAUUAUCCCAAAUACUUUUCCGGUACCGAAGCCCUCGCACAGCUAAACUGGAUGCCUCUAUCAGAACGUCGACGCCAACAUCGUUGUAUUG